AUGGUGAAGCAACUUGAGCUGGAAAUGGCAUCAGCUCGCGCCAUCCUCCAAGCACCACAAAACAACACCGACGCUCGUACUCGCAUGCUGAGAGGGCGCAACACAAUGACCACGUGUGGCCAGCUCACAUGCAACCUCCCCGGAAUUGGCCGCAUUGCUCAAGACGAGCAGCAACCCGUUUCCAAAGUGUUUCUUGUGUGGCUGUGGGUGACCUUUAGUCCAAACGGUUGA